UAAUUCGUUGUUAUUCAAAAGAACACUAACGAACAGGCUGCAUGCAUGAAACCCUCCGUUGGCUUCGUCCAAUAAGUGGCAGCUGGGUGUGGGGCCACUUUUGUCCAUGAGCAGGACGGCGGCGGCGGAGUGCGAACGUAAUGGGUGGUGGCCUUGCGGCAUUACCAAUUGUAUUCGCCAAUCGGGAGCAUCGAGCAGCGGAAUUAGCCACCACCACAGCCGUCGUUGGCGAAAGGCCGUCGGAACUGUCGUUGGAAGAAGCGUGGACUUUGAAGGCAGCACCAAUGCACGAGAAAAUAGUGGAGGAGUCACGAAAAGCAAAGACUGAGAAGGUCCAUCUUCUUGGCAACGCUAAGGAGAAGCCAUCCAAAGCCGACAAAAAUCCCCUCAAACAGUCCAAAUUGGCGGAAAGAUUGCGCCGUUCAUUUCGACGUACUGCACACAGUUCGCUGGAGGCAAAAUCGACACAGGACGAGCAUCCGGCCAAGGUGGACAACAACAAUCUUAUCGGUCGCAUACCCUUCUCGGUAGCCAGCCAAGUGCAUCUGCCCGGCCUGGGUCUUGGUGGGCACAUCAAUACGGCCCUGCUACUGGACAGCCCCGACGAGUGCACCCCACCCGAAUACGCAUACCAGCACUUGAGCAGUGUUGCCACCACGAACACCAACUCGAGCAGCUCGCUCGAAAGCAACUACGAAGUGAGCGAGCUGAGGAGCAGCUCACACGCUAACAUCCACUGGGCCAGCAGUCAGCCAAACUUUGAAAUGGGCGGAGAGAUGAGCAUCAAUGCCACCAGCAGAGAGACGCCCGAGCAGAAACUGAAACGCAGCAAUACUACAGCACAACAAGGACAGGCCCAGGCACAAGGACAGGCACAGGGACAGGCACAGGGACAGGCACAGGCACAGGCACAAGGAUUAGGUAGUAAUCGUAGUGAUCAGCAGCCAGUUGGCAGUCGCAGCUGCAGCAUCACCAGUGAGAGCAGCUCGGUGAGAAUGACGCGCCUGCAGAACUUUCUGUUUAGGAGUAGCAACGAGAGCUCACGCAGCUGCCAAGGUCAUUCGAAUGACGGUUUCACUGCGUCCUCGUUCAAUUCAUCGUCGGGCGAAUGGGAACAGUUGGGCGCCCAUGUUCUAUCCAGUAGCAGUGGCGUUGGCGGCUUACACGACCUGAAUACGGGCUCCUUUCCCGAGGAGACAACGCCGGACGAAGCCGAUGGGGAGGAGACUGCGUUGCCCGUGGAGAAUGCCGAAGCUGGUGCAUAUUACCAAUACACGCUGACAUCUCCAAAUAAUCCAUUUCUACCCGAAAUUACGGCACGUACCUAUCAUAGUACGUACGAGGACGACGACCUGGCCGAAGGUGCCCUUCAGCCUGAGGAGCUGGACUGUAAUGUGACGUCCGUCAAGUACACCGGCUGGGGAACCGGCUCCCGAUCCGCACAGCUGCCAACGCCCGCCUACAGUCGCGCCGGCUCCCAGGAGUCCACGUACAGUGAGAGCGGUGUUAGCUGUCCGCAAGGACCAACUCCCAGUCCAGCAUCGAGCUCUUCCUCCACGCCCGGACGCCACAGGCGUAAGCUCUUCAGCCUGAACUCGCCCACGCGUCUGCUGCAUCAUCAGCAGACCAGCACAAGUACUCAGUCUCAUCAGCCGCAGACGCCGCAUCAGUCUCAUCCGCAGAGAAUUGAAUUGUCCGCCUCGCCGACCGAUAGCUUUGGCUCCAAUGUUUUGAUGCGGAGCCUGAACCCCUUCUUACCCGCCAGCAGUUCGCCAAUUGCUGUGCCCUCGGAUUUGAGGAGCAAGCGCGAGGAGUUUCUGCGUGCAACAAUGAAAAUCUGUCUGGUGGUUUCACCGCCCGCAAGCAAACUGCAGUUGAAAUCAAAAAGUCUCACCCAUUUGGAUGGCCUCGACACGCUGGUGCCCUGCCAGCACGGAGUUGCCGCACCCACUACAACGGGUGCAGAGGAGACCCUCGCAUCCCCCGGCCUGUCAGCGCCGGCGGCCACACCUGGCCAACAGCAGACACAAGCGGUUUCAAGCUCGGAAUUCUUUUCGGUAUCCUUUUGUUUGGAGUCAUCUCAGUUGCCGGACGAGGAGUUUAUACCGGCGACCAAAGGCACAACAUUACUAAAUGCACUGAAGAAGGCACUGCAAAGGCGAAAUCUUACCUUCUCACAAAUCACAAUCACAGACAAUAAUCCCACGUACAGCUAUUUAGAUACAGGUCCGUCGACCAUGACGAUCCUCUUGGACGAGUAUACUGAUGUUGAGAACUUAGCGGGUCAUCAUCUUGUUAUUUCGGAACGCGACAGCAGUCGAAAAACGUUACAAAAGGCAGCAUCAUUUGGCUCUCGACAGCGACCACAUCGUCUGCUUUCAUCAGCGUCAACAGAGGAGACAAGUGAAUUGGGUACAGGGAAGCAGAUAAAGCAACGUUGGACUUCCAUAUUUAGCAUAAAAAAUCCGCAACAGAAUCAACUUUAUGACCUACUCAACGACUUUGCGAAAAAUGGUGUGCCCCAGCGUCCAGAAGUUUUGAGUUCCGAACAUUCCACGCUUUCCGACCCACUCAGCUAUCUACAAAACAUGGACAAAUCAUGGCGGGACUUUGUCGAUAGCGUUUCGAUGAGUGAUAGUGAGAUUAAGAUACAAACUGCCAUAUGGGAACUAGUCACCACGGAGGUCUAUUAUAUUCACGCUCUGCAAACAGUCACAGAUCUUUUUUUGGCCUGUUUGGAAGCAGUGCAGGAGCAACGCCUUCUGAUUGACGUCGAUCAGCACAGGCUGUUCUCAAAUGUACGGUCCGUGUGCGAGGCAAACAUUAAAUUUUGGAGUCUAUGGCUAUACCCGAUGGUCGCACACAGUAUUCGAACGCAUGAGCCACUGAGAUGUGCAUUCUUCCAGGAAGGUUUUAUUACGUUUGCCUCAAUCUUUGCGCCCUACAAGGUAUACUGUGCUGAGCAGAGUACGUGUCAGUUUUACUGCAAGGAACUUAAUCAAAAUAAUGCCCUGUUCACGGCAUAUCUGGCGUGGUGCGAAUCGCAGAAGAUGUGCAAUCGUUUGCGCCUCGCCGAUAUCGUUGUGCGUCCUAUGCAGCGGCUAACCAAAUAUAGUCUGUUACUUGCGGCCAUUAAAAAGCAUAUGAGUGAUGUGAAGGAAAUUGAAGUUAUGGACACCAUGAUCCACAGCGUCGAGAAUUUUGUUGGUAGCGUCAAUAACCAUUUGACAAUGCGACAGGAGAGUGAACGUCUCAAGGGUGUUAUGGCCCGCAUCGAAUCCUACGAUGUGGUGGAUACUAACAACGAGAUGCUGGAUAAGCUGAUCAAACAGCACAGUCAAAUGUUUGACCUGUGCGCCCCUAUGCGCGGCUGUCCAUCCUACCAUGUGCGUCAUCUGUUCAUGGAGGGGGACCACAAGUUCAAGGACAACGUCGGCAAAAGCGAUGUGCAUUGUUUCCUGCUGACCGAUAUACUGCUCGUGUGCAAGAGCAUUGCAAAGAAAGGAUUGGGCGCCCUUAAGGUCAUACGCCAGCCUUAUCUGACCGAUCAUCUGAUCGUGCAUUUGGCGCACAACAAUAUUUUGAAUUGUGUGUAUCUCAAUGAGUUUCAAGUGGCCACCACAGCGUUUACGCUGCAGUGCACCGAGGCGAAGAACUGGUAUGAUGCCUUGUGGCGCGCGAAAACCAUUUAUCAGAGACUGAAGCGAGGCAAUGGAGGCGAUAGUUUUCGGUUUGGCGGCAGUGGCACAAGUGCUGGCACUGGCGAUUCCCUCGGCGUCCGCAAGUCACCAAUUAACUCUUCAAUCGGCAGUCAUGUGUCUAGUGCAAACAACAGUCACAGCGGCAGCUUUGAGUGGAACGAUUCGCGAAAUAUAUCGAUUGAUUUUGAGAAAACCAACUCGUUGUCCAGCGACGAGGGAUCUAAUCUAAUGGUUAACCAGGGACAACCGUCAAAGGGUAAGCAGCAAAUUUUUAGGAGCGUGCCCAAGCCACAGAUUGGAACGAUUGCCUCGACAUCGGCCAAUACAUUAUCCGUGCAACCGGUAAACCACCUGGGUCAGAGUUUGCCCAACUUGAACUUACAACACAGCCAAACUAACAAUACAUUGCUUGUGCCGGGCACAACGACUAGUCACUCGGGUAACUUAUUGUUGUCGCCCAGUCAUCGUGGCAUUUCCUAUCCACCGCCGAGUCCAACUAGAGUGCCGUUAAGACGUGGUAUGGCAUUCUCCACUUCAACGAAGAACCCACCCCUGCUGAAGACGCGCAAUAUCACAUCUCAGAACAGUAUUAAUUGGCAUCAGAUACCUGCAACGCCCACACCGACCAGUCCGCGAUCGCAGCACAAUUCGCCGGGCAAUGCUUCUAGCACCUGUCCAACUGAUCCGAGGCAGCUGCAGAAGCAGAUAUCCCAUCAGAUGCCCUUGCAAACGGCCCAACAAAGUCAUUUGGACCUUCAGCGAAAUUUAAGCAAUGAAACCGAUGUUUAAUACCAGCCAAUAUAUAAUUGGUCAACAAUAAAAUUAAUUAAGUUAUUAGAUUAGAUAUACUGGACUAAAGACAGACUUUUCUUUUAAAUGGCCAUCGGAUAAAAGCAAAUAAAGUAUAGAGUUGGUCAAUGUAGUUGUUAAUACUGCACCUUUGGGUCCAAAUAAUAUACGAAUAUUACAAAAAGCAUUCCAGCUAAGUGCUGUCCAUUCCCAUUGUCUAUCCAUCUACAAGUCUACAUGUGCAUAUAUAAACAUAUUCAACAGUUAUACGAAUGCAUUCAAGAGUACUCUUCCAAAAAGUAUAAGCAUAAAAUAAAAUAACUAAAAUCUAAAU